AUGUCUACAUUUAACGCUGAGACUGCGGAUAACCUAGAAGAUAUUGAAAAGCAAUUUGCUGUUGUUGCUGUGGAGCAAGCUGAAACGUAUUGGAAUUUGAUAACUAAAGUUCCUGGAUCUAAACUACGCUUGACCAAGCAUGAUGAUGAAAUUUAUGAAAAGUUCAUGGAACAUUUCCCCGAAUACAAGGAUGUUGAAAGGGUGCGUAAAUUUACCGAAGAGGAAUUGAAGACAAAGGAAGCCAAGGAAAGAUGGAGAAACUAUAUCAAGCUGUUUGAAAAGAAAAUUGACGAUUUCAACUUUGGAACAUUGCUGAGGACAGACGCCUCGCAGGAGUACGGCCAAGACACUACAUGUUUUGUUGUUCGUUUGCAAUUUUACGCUUUUGAAAUUGCCAGAAACAAGCAUGGGUUGAAUGACUGGGCAGUAGGCCAUCAUUAA